AUGGCUUCCAAGCACAAGAAGCACAGGGCUAUGAGUGAGGGUGAAUGGAUGGCCCGCCUGCGCAGAUUUGCCACCCAGGGGGUCUGGCCUUCUGAGGCGGGAAACAGACUGGCACCACGGCAGAAGAAAUGGCAUGACCUGUAUCAAAAGAUUGAGAAGUGUCCACUGCAACACAGGGGGCAAAUGUCUCUGUUUGGGGGGACACAGACAUGUGACUGUGGUUUCCAUACAAAAAAGCCUUCCAGUUUGGCCCCUGUGUCAUCCACACCAUCCACGUCACCACCUGUAACACCAGGGCAGUCAGAAACAACAUCUGGAAAGCCUACUUUAACUUUGGCAUCGUUUACAAAGCCGCGGUUUGGUGGUGUCCAUGGUGCAGCUUUAAAGCCAAAUCUAGGUGUUGCAAGGACGCAUGCAACCAAGCCUAUUAGCACUUCUGCAUUGCCCAGCCCUGCACCUAGGACACCAUCUCCUGCUCGCAGUCCCAGGCUGUAUAUUCAGACCGUCUCCCCCCUGUCUCUUCCUCCUUCUUCUGUGUCUGAAGCAACCUCUUCUUCCUGUGGUCCAGGAGCUGCUUCCAGAGUUGAAGUAUCAGCCGCUGCCUCUUCUGGGACGUCCUCUGCUCCUCUCACCCCUGUGAUCAGCUCCACCUGUGUUUCCUCUGCUGCUCCAUUUGUGGCUGGAUCCUCUGUCCAACCUGCCGAGGAUAGGGUGACCGCUCCAGGUUCAGAGUCUGGAUGGCUUCCCACAAAGUUGAUGAAAACCAUACCACUACAGGAUCAGAAGUGGAUUUCAGCAGCUUUGUGGAAGCAACAUCGGCUUCGUACCGACCUGAAGCUGUGGUAUGAUCCACCAGAGCCAGCUCUGAUCUAUCACCAAGGCCCCGCUCCAGAGCGUUUCUUUACACACAGGCUUCUACUCUGGAUGCCAUACCACCUCUGGAAGGUCAGGCUGUCCUGUCCUGUGUGUGGGAGACAGCUCACAGGCUAUGGGGCACACAAGAGAGCCCGCCAGGUUCUGGAUGUGGACCGCUUUUAUCUAAUGAUCACAGAGACUCUCUGGUGCAGUGGGUGCAAAGCGGCCUUUAUUUCCACCAGCAAGGCCAUCUUGGACCAGCUGGACUUAGCUCACAGAUUGGAAUUUAGGCUGAUCCUAACUCGAAAGUAUGCCUGUGACAUGCGGGUCAUAAGGUUCCUCAGGGAGAGGGCCCUGGGCAACAGCCCUUCUCGCUUAGUGAGGCAGCUGCGGGAGAACCACAGCGAAGAGUGGCUGAAGCGUCUUUGCCGAUACCUUGGUGCCUGCUCAGACUUCACCUCCCAGCCAAGCCUGCUCCCUGUGAGAUUUCAGGAGCCACCUGAGCCUGAAACUAUCCCCUCCCACAGGUGGAUGCUGGCUGUUUAUGGGCGAGAUAUCUUGUGCAGGAUUGACCACAUUAAAGCCAGCAUAACGUCCACAUAUGGAUGCAUCCUGAAGAUGGACUCCACCAAAAAGAUCACAAAGAAGCUGUCGGGGUUUGCAAAGGGGACAGCAUUGUGGCUAACAUCUGUCAGCAAUGAGGUGGGCCAAAUCCUCAUUAGUGUUCUGACAGCUCAGGAGGGUCCAGCCCUGGACCGAAUGGCAGCUGACCUCAUCCGGAGGUACACUGAUGCAGGUGUGGCUCCGCCUCAGCUCCUUUAUGUGGACUGCGACUGCUGUCGGGAGGGCACUGGGCAGACCAAGCUCAAGCAGCGAUUUGGUGGGUGGCCAGACUUGGUGGUGAAGCUGGACAUCUACCACUUCAUGCGGCGACUGGCAGCUGGGUGCACUAAGGAUGCACAUCCUCUUUACCCCAUUUUAAUGGCACGCAUGUCUUCCUGUAUUUUUGAAUGGGACAGUGGGGAUGUGUCUCUGCUGAGGCAGGCCAAGAGGGAGCAGCUGAGACAUGAAGGUAUCCCUAACAUCACCGCCAAUAUGGUGGAUCAACGGAUCACCAAGGAGGAAUUGGCCCUGCACUGCCGAAGGCGGACAAGAGGAGAGAAGCAGACCAUCUUGAUGAUUGAGCACCUCCUCAGUGAGCUGAUGGGGGUAAAGGGUCGAGACCUUCUUGGUGUCCCUCUUUUGGACCAGCAGAGGAUGCAGAACAUCUGGCAACUCCAGAAGAAGCACGUAAAGUGCAUUCAGGACGAACCAGGUGUGCUGCUCUACACAAAGACCGGCACCACCACCAAAAAUGGUAUUGUGCUGCCAAAUUACAGAUGUGCAAGGGGCUCCACAUCACUGGAGUCCUUUCAUCUACAUCUGAACAGGUUCAUUCCAGGAACAAGUGCCAACAGCUUGAAUUUCCAGCUGUACCUCCUGGAAGGCCUGAACAGAUGGAAUCAAGACCGUAAAAUGGCAUCUCUGGCAGGCAAACCUCCAUCCAUGUUAAGCUACUCCGGGGACCUGAUGCACUGUGUCAACACCCAAAGUGUUAAGGUACUUGGAAGAGAGCUUGCACCAUCUUUUCAGCCACCAUCUGUCUAUACUGGUGAACUCAUAGGUAUAGAUUACCUGUACCGUCAAACAGGGCAGGCCUUACAGGAUUUGGAUCCUGACUCUGAGGUGACAGAUCAGAUGUUGGAGGAUGUGGGCACAGAGGAGGAGUUGGAGGAUGAGGGCUUCGGAGAUAUCAGUUUGGACCUCAACCUGGAUCCCACUAUUGAGGCGCUGGACCUGUCCUCUGGCUCAUCACCCGCCACGACCAGCGUUGCCAGCACUCCUGCCUCUGUCCAGACUGGGUCUGCUAACACCACUACAGCAGCACCUAAUCAACAACUGUUUUACGCCGCCUCUGGUCCAUCCUUUACGACCACCUACACCACCUCUGGGCCAUCGUCCAUGACCACCUAUGCCACGUCUGGUCCAUCCGCCAUGAUGACCUACACCACCUCUGCGCCAUCCUCCACAACCACCUACACCACCUCUGGUGCAUCCUCCACGACCACCUACACCACCUCUGGUCCAUCCUCCACGACCCCCUACACCACCUCUGCGCCAUCCUCCACAACCACCUACACCACCUCUGGUCCAUCCUCCACGACCACCUACACCACCUCUGCGCCAUCCUCCACAACCACCUACACCACCUCUGGUGCAUCCUCCACGACCACCUCUGGUCCAUCCUCCAUGACCACCUAUGCCACGUCUGGUCCAUCCGCCAUAAUGGCCUACGCCACCUCUGCGCCAUCCCUCAAAAGCACCUACGCCGCCUCUGAUCCAUCCUCCACGACCACCUACACCACCUAUGGUCCAUCCUCCAUGACCACCUACGCCACGUCUGGUCCAUCCGACAUAAUGACCUACGCCACCUCUGCGCCAUCCUCCACAACCACCUACACCACCUCUGGUGCAUCCUCCACGACCACCUCUGGUCCAUCCUCCAUGACCACCUAUGCCACGUCUGGUCCAUCCGCCAUAAUGGCCUACGCCACCUCUGCGCCAUCCCUCAAAAGCACCUACGCCGCCUCUGAUCCAUCCUCCACGACCACCUACACCACCUAUGGUCCAUCCUCCAUGACCACCUACGCCACGUCUGGUCCAUCCGACAUAAUGACCUACGCCACCUCUGCGCCAUCCUCCACAAGCACCUACGCCACCUUUGGUCUAUCCUCCACGACCACCUACACCACCUCUGGUCCAUCCUCCUUGACCACCUACGCCACGUUUGGUCCAUCCGACAUAAUGACCUACGCCACCUCUUCGCCAUCCUCCACAAGCACCUACACCGCCUCUGGUCCAUCCUCCACGACCACCUACACCACCUCUGGUCCAUCCUUCACGACCACCUACAUCACGUCUGGUCCAUCCGCCAUGAUGACCUACGCCACCUCUGCUCCAUCCGCCACAACCACCUACGCCUCUGUCCUUCCUCUCCCAACCACCCUCACUGUCUCUGUAGCCACUGCUCCCCCAGCAGUGCAACCAGUCCCUGAGAAACCACUGGCUGUGGAUGAACGCAGUGUACCAGGGAUAGAUAGAGUGGACAACCUUGCAAGCUACUUGGUGGGGCUUAGGAUGGAAUCUGGUCAAACUCUGAGCCACCAGCAGGCCAGUACCAUCAUUGCCCUAUGGCAAAGCCUGCUUCCAUAUGACCAGCAGAGAGUGGCGUAUGCUGCCCGGCACCAGGUGAAUCUUACAACAGGACGCUUCAGGUGCUCAAAAACCAAGCCUGAAUUCACACCUGGUGUGGAUAGCAUGACCCGUUGCGUCCUUGGGUCAACAGGAUCCCCUGCCCAGUGGCCAGACUGUUGCCGCCUGGUAGAGUCUAUCUUUGUUAAACUGUGUGAUAUUCACAGGAGCCCCAAAAAAAUAGGAAAUCAUGCUGUAACAAGAUGGACUCUAAUUCUGAGGGACUACAGCAAGAUCCGGCAGCUGGUCCUGGGCAAUGGGACUGUGAUGGAGAAUACCACCCUGCAAUUGUUUCAGGUGAAUCAAACAACUUUAAAUCAAUGGCACAAGAAACGGCUAAAGAGGCAAGAAUGUGCCAUCCUGCUUCAGGGUGUGAACUUGCCAGCCCCCAUUCCUAUUGCUGCUAGGCCUCUCCCGCCUGGACAGACUCGCCCCACUACAGCCCCCCCACAGCCUGGUCCCCAACACAGCUACCACCUGCCUGCAAGCACAGUGGGAAAGGCAGUGGACAAGCGAAAGUCUGCAGUUCCAGCCCCGCACCCCCCUCCUCCAAAGGUUUUCCGACCAAGGCAGUUGUUCCCUGCUGAUUCUGCUCCAUUACCUGUUGUUCCCAACCCCAGUCCUGCAUUUGCCCCGUUUGUGUUUUUAUGUCCAGUUCCUGUCAUCCGGCAGAUUGCUCCAGCUGGCCCCAUUCCCUCCCCACCACCUGCUCGGAGGCCCUACGUCCGCACUGUGGACAAAAACAAGUGCAGUCUGUGCCACCAGCCCCGGAACAAAGAUACUGGCCACAGCCAGUAUUAUGGCCACAUUUACUGUCCCCUGACUGCUGUUAUGCCACUUGACCAAUGGAGGGAGGAGAUGAAGAAGAAGAGGGCAGAUAAAAAAUAA